CCCAAGCUAAGCUUCUAAACUCGCAAAGCUUCCUCACCUUCAAUCCUCUCUUCCUUCCUCCUUCCAAUAAGGGGAACAACCAUGCUGGAGUUGAGAAACCUUCUCUCUCACCCACCUUUUUGAACCAAUUGUCUUCUCAAGUGGCGUUGCAUGCGCAUUGGCCUGCAAAAGUGCUGAAUACCAUUUCUCAGUUCUCACCAUGUUGUACUCCCUGAUAUGCGGCCAUGAACUCCAAUUACUAACGAAACACAAAAGCAAACAAUAGGUUUACGAAACUAUCCCGGUCAUAACCUUCCACCAAAUUCCCUCGCUUCUCGCACUAUGGGCCGCUCAUUUGUCGAUGUCAUGAGAUUUAAUCACAAUCCAAUCUCGAAUAAACGCCUCUUUUUAAUCUCCACGGAACAACCCUCCCUCCAUAGAUUCACCAGCUCCAUAGCUUCUGCCCACUUCUUGGGUCUGUGAGCUUGUGGCCAUCCAAUUUCUAGCCGAAGGAAACAUUGGUAGCCAAUUUCUACGUUCAAACAUGAAGUCAGAAGCAGUAGCCUCCACCAGCUCCACAGCACCUCAGAAGAAAGAGUGGUCCCUUGUCAGUUGGGCGAGCUGCAUCCUGGGGCCACCCAAGAAGGAGAAGCCUGAGAAGGCGAAGCCCAUUGGGCCUCCGAAGGCAUCUCGGAUGCUGUCGGCUGGGCCGAGAACCCCGGAGUUGGAGAGGGUCUUCCGCUACUUUGACAGCAACGACGAUGGCAACAUUUCCCCGGCGGAACUCCAGAGAUGCAUGCGGACGAUCGGUGAAGAGCUCUCACUGGAGGAUGCGGCGGCCCUCGUGGAGUCCACCGAUUCCGAUGGUGAUGGGCUGUUGGGCUUCGACGAUUUUGUCAAGUUGUUGGGCCCUGAGGGAGAGGAGGAGAAAGGGAGGCAUUUGAGGGAGGCUUUCCGGGUGUACGAGAUGGACGACCAGGAGUGCAUCACACCCACCAGCCUCAAGAGGGCACUUGGCAAGCUUGGAGUGUCCAAAACAAUCGAGGACUGCAUGAUCAUGAUUCAUCGGUUUGAUAUCAAUGGGGAUGGUGUGAUCAGCUUUGAUGAGUUCAGGAUCAUGAUGCUAUGACCGCAAGGCCAUGGUCUUGUUCCAAGGCACCCAAGCUGGUACAUAUGUGCAUGUCGUGUGGUCUGUGGACUGGUGACGUAGCACUGCACCUACCAUGGUAAUUACUCCGGACUCGUCUGGUUCGUAGAAGAAUUUUAUCGUAUCAGAAUAUUUUUCCUUGAGAAGCUAAUGCCUAGUUAUAUAAUUUCU